CCAGCCAGCCGGAGCCGGCCGCUUACCAGGAGCAAAAUGACAGUUCGCUUCCUAAACUCGCUAACAAUAUUAAUAACAAUCAUGAGUUCCGCUAAAGGGAAUCACCUCAGCAUUUCAGCGAUAGGAUGUCAUGUGUUUACAACAUACACAAUUCCUGAUGAUCAAGUCUGUCUAACGAGGACUGACUUAGGAAGAAUGACCUCUUUCCCUGUAUACACCAAUGAUGAUCUGAAACUAGAGUCAUCAGACGGAAGUCCAGUGUUGUUGUCUACCACGCCGUGUACAUGUUCUGGUUCUGGGUCGCUUUAUAUCGACGACACUAUGCCAGCAGUUCAUGCACAGAAAUUUGUAAGUCUGCAUCCAUCAGGUAUGCUUGGAACAUUCAAUUGUGGAAAUUUUUACCUCCUGUCAAUUAAGUACUUGGAUCACUACAUGAAUAGAAAUAAUGCUGACUUCUGUUUAGAUGUGGAUGUCACAUGCAAGGUUCUUAAUGCAUCGGGUACAAAUAUAGACAGUAGUUUAAAAUCGUGCGCAGAGGUUCAGCCUGUUUCAAUGGAAUCAAAAGACGGCACUCAGUUGGAACCUGUGUUUUUGUGUAUUUUUCCUCCAAUAUCAGAUGACGUGGUGUAUGACGUAUCAUGGUUUAUCAAUGACGAGGAAUUAACGUGGGCAGCCUCACACACCGUGCAGUAUGCUGACGUAAAUUUAACCGCUCUCAGACCCUCCAAUUGGACAGGAAACUACUCAUUAAAUUUUGAGGUCGCUUGCGCAGUGAAAGCAUAUAAAAAAUCUUCUUCCAUUUCUGGUCCAACAUACAUGAGUCCGAAGUUUUUUGCUGGAAUUAAACCAGAGCACCGUUCGUACUACGUAGCAGAGGGCGUGACGUCACAGAUAGCACUCACCAGUACGAUACCUUUCAGCUGCCCCCUCUUCCUUAGUGAAGAAAUGCGAGAGGCAUUUUGUACAUAUUACUUUUAUAUAUGGACGCCUGCCGAGGACAGUUGUAGGAACGGCAUGUCUGGCAAUGGAUUAGCUAUGACGAACCAGCCCUGUGGGGUGACGUUUAAAUUCAAUGACUGGGGAAACAAAAGUGUAUAUAUAAAUGUUACGGGGUAUAUGGAUGGCAUGAUAAACUAUAACGACAGGACUACUCUUCUCCACAUAGAGUCCACAAAGAAUCCGAUGGAUGCAUUAGGAAUAUGGAAUAACUUAAAAUUUGAUGGAAUUGAGGUCAGUGUAGGUGACCAAGACAAUACGGUGACCGGUCGUCAGUGUAUAUCCUCUAACGAUCCACAUAUGACAACAUUCGAUGGCUUUCGCUGGGAAAACCAACGGACUGGAAUAUUCACAUUAUACCAACACAAAACAUUGCCAUACACCGUUCAUGUAAUUUACUCGGAAUGUGUACCACGGCGCGCCACCUGCAACUGUGGUGUUGCAGUCAGGAAUGGUUUUAGCUUUUACAUUGUCAGGACUUGUGAAAUGAUUUCACUAGUAAAUACUAAAAUGCUCUCAGUACCAUAUGAAAAAGAACAUCUCUGUGACACCACUGACCUUGGUAUUUUAAAACUUGGGAGGCACUACACGCUGACUUUCCCAACCGGAACACAAGUCAUAUUCGACAUCUCAUACUGGAAUCCCUUCAUUGGAAGCGUGAGAAUCCGAGCUUCUGUGGCAGACAUUGAGUCAUCUGUGGGACUAUGUGGGUAUAGUAAUGGUGAUACAUCUGACGAUUUCAUCCCAAAAGACGGAAAUAAUCCAACUGACUCGGCAACAUUCGCUCUUUCUUGGAGAAUACCGAUGAAUUCAAAUGACAGCUUAUUUUCAAAGAACUCAACAAUUCUACAAGACACUACAUGGAAAUACAACACAAACUCACCCUCCCAAGCUGGCAAAACAUACUGCAUAUGCGCCCAGAGUGGACCAGUAAAUUCUUACGAAUUUGUGUUGUCAAAUUCAGUCCAUUGUAACAUGACAUCCCCAAGUCAAUUAUGCAAGAAUGACAAUUCAGUUGUGACAGUGGAUUCAUGCGCGAGUUCUAACAGUCGGAGAAAGCGAUCACUCGACGAUACGGAUAAUGUUGCCUUGGACAGCGUAUUAACAUACGAUCAUGACUACAAUGAGUCGGCGGUUAUAGAAGUAGGCCAGUGGGCGAACAACUGGAAUGAAACAUCCGCAAAAGAAUUUUGUUUGCAGCAGUUUGACCUUGAUCCCGCUGUAGAUGUUUGUAACAGAUUAGUCAAUAUCAGCAAAGAGCCCUUUCUGGAUGAUUGUGUCGCAGAUAUAAAGCUUUCAGGAAAUGCAUCGUUUGUGGAAGAUACUCUAACCACAUUGAAAGGGGCGUGUCUGACAGAGGCCACACGAAACGAAGUGUUCUACGUUAACCAAUCAUCUGACACCAAUGGAUUGUCAAUCUUUGAAUUUAUUUCAACAUUUUUGUGUCCUCGUAAUUGUUCCGGAAAUGGAGUGUGUGUGAAUGCGACUUGUUCGUGUUCUGAUGGAUACCUGGGUUCUGACUGUUCCGGUAAACUUUCCGUCCCUCCAAAAGACUUUCUACUGCCUUCUAGUGGAUUGUGUGACUUAAGUUCCAGACAAUGUCGUACAACAAACAUCAUGGGAUAUUUUGAUUCGGAAAAAGUUAUAGCAAAAUUUGCAUACUUUAAGGUGAAACCAGCUGAAAUCCAGGAUUCUGCGUAUGUCAAAACAGAGAAUUCGACUUCCCAUCACUUUAAUUUGAUAUCUGUACAAAUUCCUAAGCCCCCGGGAACAAACCGGCGAAGAAGGGACACAGGCGCUGACCAGACAAUCCACGGAUGGAACAUAUCCCUAAGUUACGAUGGCAACACGUACAGCAACCACGUGACUUUUCUGAUAUUCGAUGGCCUGAUGUACACAUGUGAUGUUCAAACGCUGAUUUGUUAUUCCUCUAAAAGCGCAUCCUUGAAAUCUUCGGUUGAUUCUGAUACGAGCGUCCUUACAAUAGCGGUGGGUGUAACAGCCAUAUUGCUUUUGGUUAUCACAUUACCAAUCAUCGUUAUUUGUACCAUGAAAAAAAUUGGAGGGCGGAGGAAAUCGGUUGGCAUCAACGUACCAAUCCAAUCUGUGCUGGAUUUAAAACCUUCACCUGCCAGAAAUCAACAGGAAGGGUCAAUGCUACCAGCUGACAGUGAUAACACAAAAUCUCCUUUACCACAACGGAAAGAAAUGGAAUUCUGCGGAUCACAAAAUAUGGAUUUUUUUUGGGUACCGAGUCCUUACCUUAAAUCUAAUGUUCCACCACUUAACCACCGUAUGACGUCAAGAGAAGACAAGGAACACAACUCUAUCAGCAUUAUCUCCUUUGACGAUUAGUUUGUCAUUUGAAAUGAUAUAGAUGUAUUUUCAAUUUCCCAAUUAUGUAAUCUUAGUUGUAGUCAAAGUGUGGGACCGGUUUUUUUUUGGUUUUUUUUAUAUCUUCUUUAUUUCUAAGAAUUACUACAGAAUUUAGUAUUUAUUCGUUUGAAAACUUACAUUUAUUGGGGUUUUUUUAAAUGGAUCAUUUCAUUUUCUUCAAGAAUUAGACCUGAUCUUCCUUGUGGUGUUUUGCAUCUUAACCAAUUACAUAGACCCAACCACAGCUUACAUUUACGAGUAUUGUGCUGCGAUGAACAUAUAAUACUAGUAAAUGGCGUCAGAUAAAACGUACUGAAGAUUGGUCUUGCGUUUCUCUCGUAUUAUCAGCACAGUUUCAUACUAGUAUCUAAUGACAGAGAUUGCGAAUUUUACAUUUUAUUCCUAGUGCCAAAAUUAUUGCGUAUUUUACAUUUCAUUCUCAGUGCAAAAUUAUGAUUUCAGUGCUACCGUGAUGUGAUGAGCUUGGCUAUAGUUACAAAUGGCGUUUUAAAGUAAAUAAAAGUGUUAAAAGUC